AUGCCUGGUGAAAAGUUCAUCAUCAAACUAGCCGACAACGCCACUCCGUUUUGUGUUAGCACCCCACGCAAAAUUCCAUUUGCUUACACAGAUAAACUGAAAAUUGAACUCACACUACUUGAGACACAAGGUAUCAUAAAGAAUACCAUUGAACACUCGGAUUGGUGUGCACCCAUUGUGAUCACACCGAAGAAAAACACGAACAAGAUUCGUAUUUUACUUAGUAUUGGAUACGUUUUGAUGCAGUUACACAGUGAUGGCACAUGGAAAACCGUACAGGCAGGCUCGAGACACCUGAGUGACACUGAAACACGUUAUGCUGUCAUAGAAUUAGAAUUGCUUGGAGUAGAAUGGGCAGCUCAAAAGUGUUAUAAUUUUCUGGAAGGCCUACCCAAAUGGAUCAAAGGCAAAGAGAAAUUAAGAGCUGAUGCACUCUCCAGACAUCCACAUGAGCCGCCAAACACCUCAGAUGAAUUGGCCGAGCAACCUAUUGUAAAUGGAGAUCAUGUGGACGAAGCUCCGACCAUAUCUGCUAUACGUUCUGUCGCCGACAGUCCCAAAGAUGACCAAACAAGGUUGUUUCAAGUUUGGAAAUCUUCCAACACUGAAAACCAGUACCAAGAAUUAAAACGCUUGAUCAUCAAUGGAUUCCCUGAAUCGAAAAAAGACCUCCCAGAUCAUUUGAAAAAAUACUGGUGCGUCCAUCCAGACUUGUCUGUUGAUCAGGACCUAAUUGUAUAUGGCUGUCGACUACUCAUCCCAACGUCAUUGUGCCAAACUAUUAUGCAAAAAUUCCACCAUGGUCACCCCGGAAUUCGUCGCGCUCAAGACCGGGCACGCAUGAUUGUCUAUUGGCCAGGUAUUGACACCGAUAUUGAGGCAUGCAUCAAUGAUUGUCAGUUCUGUCAAGAUCAUCUUUCAAUGAACUCAAAGGAACAAUUGAUCCAAAAAUUGAAGCCAAGCAGGCCAUUCCAAGAGAUUGCUGCAGACUUGCACACAUUAACGGUCAAAACUACUUAA